AUGGCCCCGCCUCUAGAAAUCUCCAUCCCCUCAACUAUCCUCAACCAACCCGAAAACGAGAAACCAUACACUCUAUACAACAUCACCCUCCGCCUCCCCCUCCGCACCUUCGUCGUCCAGAAGCGCUACUCUGAUUUCGUUGCCCUCCAGUCUUCUUUAUCAUCCAUCGUCUCCUCUCCACCUCCAGCGCCGCUCCCUGCAAAAUCAUGGUUUAAAUCAACAGCCUCGUCGCCCGAACUCACCGAAUCACGCCGCGUAGGCCUCGAGAAAUACCUCCGAGCCAUAGCAGAGUGCCCCGACCGCCGCUGGCGUGAUACUUCCGUAUGGCGAACGUUUCUGAAUCUGCCCAGCAGUAGUGCAAGUGGCAGUGCGAGUAGUGCAAGAGGGGAGCUGAUCGCAGCGAGGCAGAGGGGAGCUUUGGGCAACCAGGCUGGACAAGUGGCGAGCGAUCCGCAGAUAUGGCUGGAUUUACACCGCGAGAUGAAGGGACAGUUACAUGAUGCGCGGCUAUUUCUUGGAAGGAGGGAUGGAGCUACGACGGCACAGGCUCAGUAUGAGGCGGGGGCAAAUGCGAAAAGGUGCUUGGUUAAGGCUGGGGGCUUGAUUGGGAAUUUGGAGGAGGGUCUGAAAAUCAUGGCUGAAGGGGAAAAGAGGGGUGGUGAUAGCAAAUCUGGAGUUGGAGCGGGCGAGCUGAGGAGGCGGAGAGAUUUACUCGGCAGUGCGAGGGUAGAGAGGGAUGGCUUGGAGAAGCUGGCCGUUAGUCUCGCAGUUAAGGGAAAUGCUGCAAAUGGGAGUGGCAAUGGAGGUGCAACGGCCUCGCAGCAGGAUAAAAAUGCUUUAUUCGGACCCAGUGUGUCCAGACCUGCUGGACGGGUUCUCGGUGCCCCAGUACCUGAAACGGAUAAGACUCGGGAGUUGGACAAUGAUGGCGUACUACAGUUACAAAAGCAGAUGAUGCAAAAUCAAGAUCUCGAUGUGGACGAGUUGGCUAAGACUGUCAGGAGACAGAAAGAGAUGGGUCUUGCUAUACAUUCUGAAUUGGAGCUGCAGAACGAGAUGCUUCGGAGAGUUGACGAGGAUGUCGGCAGAGUAGCGGGAAAGAUUGCUGUAGCGAAGAAACGGACGGCGAAGAUAUCAUAA